ACCAGUCAUGUCAACACACAACACAAAUACAACUUGCAACUAUAAUUCGAUAAAGCAAACCGUUCAACAGAAAAAUGGGAUUGUUUGAUAUAAAAUUCAAAAGUUUCCGUUUAACAUUGUGGUUUGUGUCAUCAAUCAGUGCAUAUGGUUGGAUGUUAGUGGAAUUUGGCAACGUACUGUCCUACGGACCACAAGCAGUAAAACACAAGAAUGACCUUACAGAGCGACUUGUAUCGUUUUCAGAAAGGUUUGCAGCCAAGCGAGCUCCCUGGUGUGUGCCAGGUGGCAGCAAAGCUCCAGCUAUCACACUUUUCCAGAAGACGCUGCUGUUCUACACAAUGGAUGGACAGACUCCACUGUUUUAUGAGAGUCAUGUGACAGACAGACGAGGGCAGAGCCAUGGGUUCACGAGCAUGUUUCCCCUCGGGACGCUUUACCAAUUGACUCUUGAAUGGAAGCAGGGCCCUGCAAUACUGAGACACCACUUUCAGUUUUCAACGGCUGUUGAGGAGGAGCAAUUCUUUGUUUAUUCACACACUGCUUAUAUAGAACAUGCAAACAAAACUGGAGAACAAAUCAAACCAUCAACAAUACCUGCGUACAUAUUUCCUGUAGGGACGAGUUAUUUUAAGAAUUUUAUUAAAUUUGAGCCUGAAUCUAAAUAUAGCUACAACUAUAUGGGCGUUGAUAAUAGUUUAUCAGAUGAACCGGGUGAGGUAAAAGAUGCACCAUCAAAAGAUGAAUAUAUAUCCAAAGAGAGCACAUUCCAAUCUCAUAGUUUUAACUCCGGACAAUUUUCUGUGAUGUCAUAUAAUAUAUGGAAUAUGAAUUCCAAACCAGCCACAUCUAAUAGUUACACCAAGCGAAUGAAUCGUGUGAAGAAUGUGCUGCUGGGGGCGCGGCCAGAUGUAGUUUGUAUACAGGAAGUGCGGUAUGCCGAGGGGAUGGGUGGGGACAUGGGGCCCGCACAGGUUGCCACUGUGGCAGACUGGUUACAGGAAUAUCAGUUUGUGUACGAGCCUGCCCAGAUGCAGCCUAACACGAUCCAGGACGGACGGACGGAGGAGGGCGUGGCCAUAUUCUCCCGCUACCCCAUUGUGCACACACAGACUUACAUGCUGUUCAUUAACAGAAGUAAUAGCGCCGAUACUCACCAAAGAAUCCUCUUACGAGCAGAUAUAUACAUACCAAUUACUGGGGUGGUACACGUGUUGACCACACACCUGUCCCUGAGUCACGAGGCACGGGAGGCGUCCGUCCGUCAGAUCUUGGAGAUCGUCAGUCAACUUCCAGGCCCGGCUGUCUUCGCUGGCGACCUGAACGCCGAGCCGCAUGAGCCUGCUAUGACGUAUCUGAGGGGUUUUCGAUCCCAAGAAACCAAAUUCCAGGACAUCUGGCUUCACUCAUAUCCAGAAGAUAAGGGCUUUACUUUCAAUGCGCUCGAGCCCAACCUUACAAAGCGGAUUGACUACAUUUUCCUGAAAUCUGACCAGGGCUGCUGUACUGUUGAAGAAAUCAAAGUCUUAGACGAUGGAAAAAGAGGGGCAUCAGCAGCCUCGGACCACGUUCCUGUCCUGGCCAGAUUCUCACCGCAUAAAUCAAACGUCUCUUGACACAUAUGUUUUUAUGUUAUAUUUAUUUAAUAAAUUGUUGAAGUUAAA